AUGCUCGAUCCUCAUCCUAUUGGUGCGAGCACACUGCCUGCUUAUGCUCAUCAUAAAGCGGCAUCGACAGCAGCAUCGACAGCACCGAUAGCAGCGCCGGUGGCAGCAGCAGCAGCAGCAGCGACGGCAACGGCGACAGCGACGGUGACGGUGUAUAGCAUGUAUUACCAUUUAGCAACAACACCAACAAGGAUAACUUACACCUCCAUAUACCAUGCGACUCUAUGCGAGUGUGGAAAUACCCGGAACAAUCAUGCCCAGCGUGGCGAUGCUGGCCUUGGAUAUUGGCACACUUUCUCUGUCCCCGCAACACCUUCCGACCAAGCUCUAAUAUCACCAGGCGCGCGACAUAGAAGGCGGACCAUGGCCACUAUACCACAGCAGCCACAAGAAACAAUAACAUGGUAA